GUCAAUCCGUUACUGCACAGUCUUUCUUUCUGUCCAAUACUACCGCCAGUGCCAGUGGCGUUGUAGGCAUGGCGUCUACGUCAGCCAGAACAGCCGGCGACGCGCUACCCGAUGUUGAAAAGCUUCAGAUAUCCGAAUUAGCCCAUGACGUGACAUCAAUAUCGGUAGAUGAGGCUAUUUCUCCAAAUCCAUGGAAGGACGACACGGCGGAAGCUACCAAGAAGGACGGAGACCUGGAAACGUCAAUUCACCGCUUGAAGACGCCAGACCCGUCGGCGCUGGACGAAUCGAUAGCAUCUGGGCUGGGCAUACAGAUAUCUCUACCGGCGUCAGAUACUGUUCCAGAACUGGUAAACGCUCAGGAAAUACUUGAAGAAUUCGACCCACUGGUAAACCAGGAAGAGAAGGAUGCAAAGGAUGCAUGGGAGAGUUCCGAGGGUCAUCCACCACAUCCAGCCCCUUCACCAGUCGCGCCAACACCGCCAUCGAAAGAUCAAACCCCGCCGCCCAAUGAUGCUCAGGCGUCGUCGUCGUUUCCCUCAUUAGCUGCGUUGGCGCGCUCAUUUCAAAUGCCAAAAUUAACACGUUCACGUCCUCUUUCACUUGAUGUAGCAAAGCCCGUUCCCUCUCCCGAUGCAUUGUCGUCAUUUGCGUCUCAGCAACAGCAACCCCCAAAGUAUGAGCCGGUGUCUCAAACGAAUCUGGGAACCUCAAGAACUAGUUCUCCAGGAAUACCGAGAGAGAACUCGCUAGCCGUAGAUCGGGGCAAGGGCGAUCCACCUUUUGAUUUUCCGAAGUUCUUGGAUCAGAUGAAGAGCAAAAAUGCAGAACCAGUAUCUAAAUAUCUCAAAUCAUUUCUGAGUAACUUUGCCAAGCGUACCUUCACCGUCAGUGACCAAAUCAAGAUCAUAAAUGAUUUUUUGAACUUCAUCGCGAAGCAAAUGCGUGAAUGUGAAGUCUGGCGUAGUGCUUCAGAUGUCGAAUUUGACAAUGCUAUGGAGGGCAUGGAGAAGCUGGUAAUGAAUCAGCUCUAUCAAUUCACAUUUACGCCUCAAGUGGUGCGAGCGGUACCUCGCCGACAAAUCACCGCAGAUGAUCUGGAGCGAGAUCGUGUACUCUCCCAACGAAUAGCUCUUUUUGGGUGGGUAGAGGAAAAACACCUUGAUAUUCCAGAAGGAGAUGGUAGCAAAGGUUUCUUGAUGUUUGCUCAGCAAGAGCUACUCAAGAUUAACCAUUACAAAGCCCCUCGCGACAAACUCAUAUGUAUACUGAAUUGUUGCAAAGUUAUAUUUGGCUUAAUUCGACAUUUGAGAACAGAAGAGGGCGCAGAUUCAUUUGUUCCGAUACUCAUCUUCGUCGUUCUGAAGUCAAAUCCGGAGAAUCUUCUAUCGAACGUUGAGUUCAUCAACCGAUUUAGGAAUCCCGUUAAACUGCAAAGUGAGGCAGGGUAUUAUCUAUCUAGCCUUAUGGGUGCCGUAUCUUUCAUCGAAACCAUGGAUCAUACUUCUCUAUCAAACAUUACGCAAGAAGAGUUCGAGAAGAAUGUCGAAGAAGCCAUCCAGUCGCUACCCAAUGAUGGCGAUUCACCUGCUAUACACUUUGCUGCCGAACCACCACCAGCGUCAUCAUGGAGCAACUCCACUCCUUCCCAUGCAGGUGAAGAAUCUGCACAGCCACUCUCCCUCCCUACACCUGCGCAAACCCUUUCCGAUGACGCGAAACGACUUCUCCAAAAGACAGGCGACACCAUAUCAAAGCCUCUCAACGCCAUAAGCCGUAUACUCAAUGAAGCCAUCGACAGCGCCGCCUCUCCCUUCGCUCCCUUCGAGACCGUUCGAGAACAACGCACAGGAACUCCCCCACCUGUACCACACUGGUCACACCCGGAUCAAAUUCGACAGUAUCAACAGCAACAAGAUUCCCCACGAUCGGGCUCUCCACGAAUGGUACCACAAACACCUAUGGGUGAUGGCAUAUACCAACCUCCGUUACAGACACCGUAUAAGCCUCGCGUGCGACGCGUACCGUCUCCGUCGUUCUCCCCUGGGAUUGAGGAGACGCCUUCACGGCCUGGUCCGUAUACAAAUCAGCCAUUAGCAAUCGGUCCUUCACAGUCACUUUUCGCGUCCCCAUAUCGACCUGAUUAUGCCCAUGUUUCGCGCACACCGACGCCCAACUUGGAUCUGGUGGGAAUGCAGGAGGAGAUUGAUACCGCGCAUGAGCAGGCAGCAGAAGCAGCGCGAGACACACUGAUACAGAUAUUCCCCGCUGUGGACAGGGAGGUUAUAGAGUGGGUGCUAGAGGCCAAUACAGGUGAUUUAGGGAAGAGCAUCGAGGCGCUCUUGGAGAUGAGUAGCGGCACCUAGCUAAACUCAGAGUUUUGCAUAAUGUAUGGAUAGAUUUGAUGGAGAUUCUCUGUUGUAUUCAGGAGGCUGGAG